AAGGAGACCGGACAAACUUUUUUGUUACUUAGACUUCACUCAAACAAAGAAAAGAGUUUUGUCUUUUGGGUUAAUCCUCUCCUACUACUCAAAGUUAUCAUUUUUCUUUUCAAGAACUAUUAUUCUAAUUAGUCAAAACCCAUUUUUCUCAUCUGUUUCUUAAAUCCAAACCUGCUCUGCACUACCAAACACCGACAAAAAGGAAAGAAAAUUCUUUUGAAAGAAAACAGAGAGAGAGAGAGACAUCCUCAGAUACUCUGUUUUCACUACCUCGUGUGCUUCUAGAAAAGCCCAUAAAAACCUUCUCUUUUUCACUCAAAUCAAACUGCCAUGGAAGCUUGUGUAGAAGAAGAGCAAGACAGAGGAAUAAGAAGAAGAAGAAGAAGAAGAAGAAGAAGAAGACAAGCAUCCAACGUCUUCUUGUGGGGAAUCUUAAUCUUUGCUCAGUUUGGUUUGUCUUCAUCAGCUCUUUCUCCUGAUCAGUAUUAUCAAUCCUACCAUAUGCCGAGAAAGGUUGGUCCUUUCCAUGAAACGACCUCAUUUCAAUCCCCCAGAGACUCGGUGUCGUUCGGUCCACGUCGAGAAGAACAAAACACAGAUGAUGUUUACAAAGACGACAAGAGAUUAGUUCACACAGGUCCAAAUCCUCUUCACAACUGAAUAACUAAUUAGUAACACGUGUGUGUGAUCUCUCGUUCGAGCUUAAUUUGCCUUUAGAUCCUUCAAUCUCUGCUUCAAAUUUCUCUACUUUGGUAGUUUUUUAUGAGUUUAUGUUUUAUGGUUUUCUUUCACUACGAGAUAUAGAUCAUUAUUGUUAGCCUUCUUUUCUCCUAGGCUAAGAGUUAAUGAUCUUGUUUCUCUUUGCUGUAACUUUUUUUUGCUUCAUUGGCGACCAUCGACCUUCGAAAUCCAAGAAUUAUUGAAAAUAGUUUUGUAUUUAUUUGAUUAAAUCAG